AUGAAUGUGGUGUACCCCAAGGACUUUACUUGGGUCCAAUUUAUUAAAAGCUUUGUGGAAAAUGAAAGAAAACCAACUGUUUUGAUAUGUUGUGAUCUGUGCUGGGAAAAAUAUCAACUUGUGAGUUUAGUAACCGCAGUAUCAAGUAUUGGAAGCAGAUGUUCAACCUCAAUGGAUGAAGGCUCACAAUAUUAUCACCAUAAUUUGCUUUACUUACUGGAUUUAGACUGCUCAAAUGCUGAAGAAAAUAUUGCUUUGGCAUCCUCGAAUAAUCUAUUUAGUGCACCAUACCGUUGGCUGGUUAUCACAUCUCGGGCAAAUAAUACAAAUAUAGAUCUGCUCCAUGCCAGCCCUAUUUUAACUGAUAGUGAUCUAGUGCUGGCCACAAGAACGGGAGACUUGGUGAAAUUAAUUGAACUCCACAAAGUAUCUGCCAACGGCUCCAUGAUAUGGACGCCCCGCGGCUACUACAACGGCAGCGUGGUGGACGUGCGCGCGCACCGCGAGCUGUACCGGCGCCGGCGCGACCUGCGCGGGCACGCCAUCACCAUGUCCAACGUCAUCCAGGACAGCAACACCACGCGCCUGCAUCUACCCAGGGAGGAUCGACUGGAGCCUGAAUAUGACUCCAUAGCAAAACUUUGCUGGAUGGGUGUGAGACUAGGGCUUAUCAUGCUGAACGCUACUCCAAGGUACAUAUUCAGCAACCGCUGGGGAUACAAGGUCGAUGGCCAAUGGUCGGGCAUGAUUGACGAUCUAUAUUCUGGAAGAGCUGAACUGGGUACAAACUUGGUUGUAACAGAGGAACGUCUGGACGUGGUCUCCUAUACGGAUAGUUUAGCUCCAUUCCAAGUGCGGUUUAUAUUCCGCCAGCCUCCCUUACCGUACGUCACGAAUAUAUUCACCAUGCCAUUCUCUACUAACGUGUGGGUAGCAAUGGCUGUCUGUGCUGUAAUUGGCACGAUGACUGUGUAUUUGGCGGCGAAAUGGGAGGCUAAAGGGAGGAAGGGUCAGACUCAAGUGAACACCAUAGGUGAUGCGAUGCUGCUGACGGUUAGCGCUAUUGGACAACAAGGCUGCGCUAUGGAACCUAGAAAGUUUUCAGGUCGCAUGAUGGUGUUCGUGCUGUUCACGGCGCUGAUGGCGCUGUACGCGGCGUACUCCGCCAACAUCGUGGUGCUGCUGCAGGCGCCCUCCGACUCCAUCCGCAGCCUGCCGCAGCUCGCCAACGCCAAGAUCACGCUCGCAGCUAACGACGUCGAUUACAACCAUUUCGUUUUAAAAUGGCCUUUCACGGUCCACCCUCGCUCUCACCCGUUCAAUGACGAUGUUCGGAAGAGUAUCUACAGGAGAAUUGAUCCGGUGAAGGGACAGAAGUAUUACUACAAUCUUCAGGAGGGAGUUGAAAGGAUCAGACAGGGUCUCUUCGCAUUCCAUUCUAUCGUGGAGCCAGUAUACAGACAAAUAGAGGACACAUUCCUAGAGAAUGAGAAGUGUGACCUGAUGGAAGUGGACUUCUUGUACAACUUCGAUCCCUUCGUGCCUGUGAGGAAAGGGUCGCCGUACUUCGAGCUGUUUAGAGUCGCUUUCAAACAAGUCCGUGAGUCCGGCGUACAAUCAGCUCUGUCGAAGCGGUUGCAAGUGUCCAAGCCUCGCUGCACGACCAAGAUGUCCUCGUUCAGCAGUGUGGGGCUGAUGGACAUGCGGCCCGUGCUCAUACUGAUGCUGUAUGGCGUCUGUUUGUCUGUCAUCAUCUUGUUUGGAGAGAUCAUCCUGUUUAGAUUGUGA